CGCAGAUCGUCGUGAUUGGGGCUGCUCUGCCGGCCGCCGAGGCGACGAGGAGGCGAGGCGGGCUGCGAGGAGAGCGCUCGUACCUCAUUCGUCGCAUAUUCGUUGCUCCCCGGCUGCCCGGCGACAACGAGCCGAGUGGGCUGCCCAUCACCAUGGAGGCGCCCAACUACUUUGCCGAGACCCUGGGACGACAGCACCCCCUCUAUGUGGUCAAAGUCAGCACAAUUUUGGACGAGUCGUUCACGGAGAUCCGCAAGCACGAGGUGCUGAAGAAGGAGGGACUCCUCGUCGAGUACGAGGACAGCAUGAGCGCGCCGGUGCUGUUUUGCAGCCACACGUGGCUCCGCCGCAGCGCGCCGGACAACAGCCAGCACGUCAAGCUCACACUUCUCAAGUCGGUGCUGCGGCGCGCCGUCGCGGGCUCGCUCGGCAACUUGUCGCCGCACUAUCUGACGGCCCUGGCCUACAAGGAAGAUUCCGCGGCCCUGCACCUGCAGGCGGACGACCUUCGUAAGCUGAAGGACGGCUACGUCUUCUUCGAUUACAUGAGCAUCCCGCAAGAGGACCGCGAGGCCCAGGGCCGCGCCAUCGCGUCGCUGGUGAGCUACGUGUCGUCGUCCGCCUUUUUCAUGUGCUUGGCGGGGCCCUGGACGCACGAGGACUUCGGCGACGCGCGCGAUGAUUUGGCGUGGAGCGGGCGUGGCUGGUGCCGCAUGGAGCUCGCGGCGAACGCGCUGUCGCCCGUGGCGAAGCCCAUGAUCCUGGCGUGCUCGCCGUCGCGCGUCGUCACGCUCCCGCCCGGCGGCGCCAUUGGUCGGGAGUUUCUCGUCGCGGCGCGGGUCGGCCACGGUGACUUUACCGUCGACGCGGACAAGCUAGAGCUCGGGCCGUUGUUGCGCAACCUCAUCGCCGCGAGGAAGAAGCUCGCGCUCGCUCAGGACGACAUCCUGACGUUCCGCGUGCUGCACGCGGCGACGACGUGGCUCCUGGACGGCUGCGGACUUGAACGUGAGGAGGACGAGGCUUACGACGACUGGAUGGCGACGAUGCGCUUCGAGUCGGCGACGGACAACGUCGAGGGGUCGGGGCAGACGCCGCUACAUUUCGCGGUAAUGUCCGGCCGCGCGGAUCUUGUAGAGACCUUGCUCGACAAGGGCGCGCCCAUCGACUGCGGGUACGUCCAGGAGGCACCCCAUUAUACGAUGAUUAAGGGAAAUACUCCUCUCGCCGUUGCAGGGCAAUACGCAAGGGACAGUACCAUCGUCGAUCUGCUCCUAAAGCGGGGCGCGGACCCCCGCCAACACAUAGACGAAUUCGGCUUGACUGCGCUUCACUUCACCUGCGUCGCCGGCAACGUUCGCGGCAUACGGGCGCUCUCGGCGCACGACGAGACUUUAUUAGAAGUGCGAAAUGGCCACGGCGAGCUGCCCUUGACGCUCGGCGCUUGCUUUACGGGACAACGGCGCAUGCUCGAAACGCUCCGGGACGAGUUCCCGAAGCAGUUCGGCGCGAUGAUAACGACGCACGAUGUGGAAGGCUGCUGCGGUCGGAGUUUGUGUUCUGCAGCUCUAGGUAAUGGUUCGGCGCCUCUGGAGUUUUUGAAGAUGAUACUCGACAGCGGUGAGCCCGUCGACCUCUACGCUCCGGUGGCCACACGUAUUAUGGGACCCAUCAUAGAAUCGAUGGCGGUCGACGACAUCGCCACGGCGCCGGAAUAUUUGGUCUUCUUCACUCACUGCACGCGCACGCCCGCGCUCCACGUUGCCGCGUACUUCGGCGUUUUGCAAGCCGUCGACCUGCUCAUCGAGCGCGGGGCGGACGUGUCGUCGACCGCGAAUCCUCAAGGAAUGUCACCGCUUCACUUGGCCGUCAUCGGGGGCCACGAAGAUGUCGUGGCGCGGCUCCUCGCGGCGGGCGCCGACGUCUCCCUUGAGGACAAGCGCGGUCGGACCGCGCUCUCGUACGCGGAGCAGCUCCACAGCGCGGCGACGCCGCGGACGCGCGAGAUGGAACUUCUCUCGCGCGCACCGUAGUUGCGUGCCAAAACACGAAGGGGUCACAAAUAAAAUCUUAGAUGAUAGUCUAGAGGCAUACAUGCGUCGCAUCGACGAGGCACUCGUCGCCGAGCGCGUCGAGCGCGUCGA